AUGGAUAAAGGAAAUGAUUCUGUCAUUACUGAAUUCAUUCUUCAGGGAUUCACAGACAAUCCCAAAAUGCAACUUGUUCUUUUCUUUAUCUUCCUCUUAAUUUAUCUCAUUGCUGUGUUAGGGAAUAUUGGGAUGAUUCUACUGAUAUGCACUAACACUCAACUUCACAAACCCAUGUAUUACUUCCUGGGCAACCUCUCCUUUGUUGAUCUCUGUUGUUCCUCAACUGUUGCUCCUAGAAUGCUGAUUGAUUUAUUAAGUGAAACUAAAAUAAUUUCCUACAAUGCCUGUGCUACUCAGCUCUUUUUCUAUGUGUUUUUUGUAGACGUAGAGUGUGUUUUGUUGGCUGUGAUGGCCUAUGACAGGUAUGUGGCCAUCUGUAAUCCACUACUCUAUUCAUCGAUAAUGUCCAAAACUCUCUGCCAACAAUUGAUUGCUUUUGCAUAUUGCAUAGGCUUAAUGGAUACAAUAGUAUACACUUCCUCUACAUUCCUACUCACAUUCUGCAGGUCAAAUCUUAUUAAUCAUUUCUUUUGUGAUAUGCCUCCACUGUUUGUACUCUCCUGUUCUGACACCUCUGUUAAUGAAGAAAUGAUUGAAGAAAACCACACAAAGAUGACUGAAUUUAUUUUGGUAGGUUUAGUGAAUAGUCCAAAGAUGGAGCUGCUGUCUUUUAUUGUGAUACUAAUUAUCUAUUUAAUUACACUGACUGGCAAUCUGGGGAUGAUCAUAUUAAUCAGAAUAAGCUCUCAGCUUCAGAGCCCUAUGUAUUUCUUCCUCAGUCAUUUGUCUUUCUUAGAUUUUGGGUAUUCUUCAGCCAUUGCCCCAAAAAUGUUAGCAAACAUACUGGCAGACGAGAAAAGCAUUUCAUAUGCUAAUUGUGCUGCACAGAUGUAUUUUUUCAUUUUCUGUGCAAGUACUGAGUGUAUCCUCCUGGCAGUGAUGGCGUAUGAUCGUUACGUGGCUAUCUGUAAUCCUCUCCUCUAUGUGGUUACCAUGUCCCCCAAAGUGUGUACUGUGAUGGUGGCUGGAUCUUACCUCAUUGGCUUGGUGAAUGCAGUGACACAAACAGCUUCUACCUUUCAGCUCUCUUUUUGUGACUCCCAUGUCAUCAACCAUUUUUUCUGUGAUGUUCCCCCUUUGCUGUCUCUUUCUUGUACUGACACAAGCAUCAACGAAAUGGUGCUCUUUGUUUUUGCAACAAUCCUGGGAAUAUUUACUUCAACAGAAAUUAUGGUGUCGUAUGCAUUCAUCUUGACAGCAAUCCUACGGAUUAAUUCAUCUGAGGGGAAACAAAAGGCUUUUUCAACAUGCGCCUCCCACCUGGCAGCUGUAAUCAUCUUCUAUGGAACAACGGUCUUUAUGUACCUGCGCCCAAGUUCCAACUAUGUUCUGGAUCAGGAUAAAUGGGCCUCCGUCUUCUAUACCAUAAUGAUUCCAAUGCUGAAUCCUUUGAUCUAUAGCCUGAGGAACAAGGAAGUCAAAAAUGCCUUGAGAAGGCUGCUAAACAAAUAA